AUGGCAGACUCAUUCGACGAGCUCACGGCGCGUUUCCUGAGCUGGUUCAAACAACUUCCCGGCGCCACCUUUUCCGAUGCGAUAGCGAUCCAGGACCUGCGUAGCCGCAACGCCGGUCGCGGCAUCAUCGCUCUGCGCGAUAUCCCCGCCGAGACGGUGCUCUUCACCAUCCCGCGCGCGUCCAUCCUGAGCGUGGAGACGUCGGCGCUGCGCGCGCAGCUGCCGUCGCUCUUCGCGGCGGCGGCCUCGGAGGGCGGCGGCACCGCCGACGACGACGACGCCCCGCCGCCGCUCGACGCCUGGAGCGCGCUCAUCCUCGUGCUCCUGUACGAGCACCUGCAGCGCGACGCCGACGCCACCGGCGCAGCCUGCCGCUGGCGGCCCUACCUCGACGUGCUGCCCGCCGCCUUUGCCACGCCCAUGUUCUGGUCCCCCGCGGAGCUGGGCGCGCUGCAGGCGAGCCCGGCCGUCGCAAAGGUCGGCCGCGAGAGCGCCGACAACAUGUUUCGCGGCAUCCUGCUGCCCGCCGUGCGCGCGCACGCCCACGUCUUUGCCGGCAGCGAGCGGCUGAGCGACGAGCAGAUUGUGGCGCUGGCGCACCGUAUGGGCAGCACCAUCAUGGCGUACGCGUUUGACCUGGACAAGGAGGAGGAUGAGGACGAGGACGGCGAGGACGGGUGGGUCGAGGACCGUGAUGGCAAGGCCCUGAUGGGCAUGGUGCCCAUGGCCGAUAUCCUGAAUGCGGAUGCAGAAUUCAACGUACACGUCAACCAUGGCGACGACGACCUCACAGUCACCGCCCUCCGCCCCAUCCGCGCCGGCGAGGAGAUUCUCAACUACUACGGCCCGCACCCCAACUCGGAGUUGCUGCGCCGCUACGGCUACGUGACCGAGCGCCACGCGCGCUACGACGUGGUCGAGAUUCCCUGGGAGCUCAUCGAAGCCGCCGCCGUGUCCCAGCUGAACCUGCCCCAAGAAGCCUGGGCCAAAGUACGCGGCCAUCUUGACGAGGACGAAAUGGAAGACAGCUUUGUGCUCGAGCGCGACUGUCCCGAAGUCACGGCCGAGGGCCUCUUCCCCGACGCCGCACCGGCGCAGUUCACCGGCCUCCCGGGGGACCUCCAGGAGCAGCUGACCGAGUUUCUGCGGGCGGUGCGCGCCGUCGACCCCGCGCUCGUCCCGGACAAGCGCAAGCGGGAGGAGCUGCAGGCGGCCAUUGCCGCGCGCGCGCUGGCCGCGCUCGAGGCCCAGUACCCGACGACGCUGGCCCAGGACGAGCAGCUUCUGGCGACAGCCGCCAUGGGCGACCGGGAACGCAUGGCGCUGAUCGUGCGCGUCGGCGAAAAGAGGCUCCUGCGCGAAGCCAGGGCGUUUUUGGAAUCGUCGGGGCCGCUGCAACAGCAACACGGCGGCGCGAGCAGCACGGUCAAGAGAGCUCGGCUCGAGUAA